CUUUGGCCCGAACAGCUAAAUUGUAUGGGCGCGAAUUGGCGAUACAAUUUUUGCUGCAUGGGUAAUUUAUUAUUAAAACCCUCCAUGUGUGCUGUGUCGCGUGCGUGCGUGCGUGCGUGCGUAGGAAAACCCGCGUGUUGAACAUCGCCUUCUCGCUUUCUCUCUUGCCUCCCUUUUUCUCGCGUUCUCGUGGUUCUUUUGGUUUUGGUUGUCGACGCGAUUCACGAUCGAUCGCGAUCACGCGAGAAAUGGAAACGGCAACCGCAGGGAAGGAUUCCAACACUACGCUGCGUAACGUAGAGAUCAAGGCACGGCUGGCCGGUGAGGAAGAGUUCGAGCGGCGCAUCACAAUCGCAAAGCAGCUGACCGGUACCGACGGUGAACUGAUCCUUCAGAACGAUGUCUUCUUCAACGUCUCCAGUCGGCGGCUGAAGCUGCGCUAUCUUACGCACAAAAAGUCGGAGUUGAUAAGCUACGAUCGGCCGGAUGUGGCUGGACCGAAGCUUUCCCAGUACGAGCUGCUCGAGCUGGACGAUCCGGAGCGCCUGGAACGCAUGCUGGCCAGUACAGUGGGUGUACGGGGUCGCGUCACCAAACGGCGCCACCUGUUCCUGCACGGGCAAACGCGCAUCCAUUUGGACGCGGUCGACGGGUUAGGUCACUAUCUCGAGUUCGAGACGGUUCUGCGACCGGAACAGUCCAGCGAGGAGGGCCAGCGCAUCGUCGACACAAUGAUGGCACGAUUCGAGAUUACGCCGGAUGAUCUGGUUACCGGUGCCUACAUGGAUCAGCUAUCGGACAAAUAGAAUGAACGAGAGAAACAUUUUCGA